UCUCAGUCCAGCAUAUUUGAAGAGAUGCCAAGAUCUCAUUCAAACAAGCGUCAGCGGAUUAGUCGCGCUUGUGACCAGUGUCGUCGCCGUAAAUCCAAAUGCGACGGAGAGCAACCAGAGUGUGCGAUCUGCCGCCAGGCGGGCCGGCGAUGUACAUACCAGGACAGCGGUCGACGGCGCGGAUUGCAAACUGGCUACGUCAAGGCCCUUGAGACUGUACUGGGAAUCGUUUUCCAGCAAAUCCCUGACAGUGAAAGCGCGGUUCAAAGCUUUCUUCGUGACCCUCAACAUCACGGCGGCUUUUUCGCCACUGAAUUGGCAGAAAGGUGUACGAUGGCAUGGCGCAAUUCUAAAGUUGCCAAAGGUGUGAGUCGCCUAUUAGCAUCUGAAUCGCAAGACGAAAUAUAUGACCCUCUCGGUGAUGAUGAUGACCACCAAUGGGAAUCUUGCGACACACAUAGUCCGGAGCGGACGACCCAGAUCCCAAUGAGUGUCUCGAAUGCUGAUACGGACUCUAUCCCACCUCCACCUCCAUCACAUCCAGCUGCAUCCAAUGACAUUCUAAGCUUGCCAUUCCCAGACGACGUGGCGGAGCUGGUGGAGUUCUACUUUGUUCACAUUCAAUGCUGGUUCCCUAUCCUGGACCGACGUGAGAUCCUGAGGACUAUGCACGGUGACACUUCUUCAAAGAAUCAUGACGCAGGCUAUCCAUUAGUCCUAUGGGCUAUUAUUGCAUAUGUACAAAUGAUGCGGGAAGGAGCAAGCUUAGAGACUUGUUCUGAACCGAGACAGAUAGAAACCUCCAUACGCUUGCGCCUGAUGCUGGAUUUCAACAAUCUAGAAUUGAGUCACGUCCAGACCCUCCUCAUUGUGGCUCUCCUGAAUGUUGGUUGUGGAAACCUAAAUCAAGCCUGGGUGCUCAUCGGUCAAGCUAUGAGGGUUGUCAUUACCCUCCCCGAAACGGCGAGAAAAACGAGAUACUCACACGUUUUUCAAGGCUGUGUGUUUCUUGAUAACAUGGUUUCUGCACUUCUCGAAAGGACUCCCUGUCUCUCUUUGGAGGAACAGAGUGAAAACCAACCCGUCGCGGAGGACGAUCUGGAGGAAUGGGAGACAUGGACAGCUCCUGGUCAAGCCUCGAGCCAAAGAGCUACUCAAAAGGGGCCAUUGCGAGCCUUAAGCAUGUUUAAUAUGGCCCAUCAACUCAUGCAGUUACUGGCCCGAGUCUUGUACUGUCCACCCCGACAAGACGCCAUACAACACGUUGUAGCCAAGCUAAGAGACUGGCAGUCAAUUCUUUCAACACGCUGCCCAUAUCCGCCGCGCCACUCACCUAACCCUCCACUGCUGAAUUUACACCUCACAUCAGUCUUUGUUACGUUGUGCUUGGUUAGCAAAUGUAACUUCGAUGAUGUGACCAUUACCGACAUGGCACUCCAUGGACUACGAACAUGCCUCGAUUUGCUUCAUGAUUACAUUGAGAUCACAAGCGAAACGAAAUCUUCUCCACUUCUGUAUUGGUUCUUUUUCCAGGCACAACGAUGUUUACGCACAAGUUGCCUGAUUAGCGGUUGUGGUGAGGAGGAUGUGUUGCAGAAGCGUUGCGGCCAGCUCACGGGUAAACUGAAAUUGGCCAGUCCUACGAGUUUCAACCGAUCCUAUACAAGCCACACGCGACCGGGCUGGAAUGUAGAGGACAUGGGCCAUCUGCUUCCUGGGACCCACGCCUUGCACCAUGCAUUUACUGCGCACAUACCGGCUAACAUGCCUCAUGGUCAUGCGACUACCCCCAUUAUCAAUCCUACCACCAUUCGUAACCCUUCGAGCUACCCGAUCUCUGGCCUCUCUGGCACACCUGAAUUGACAGUAGCACCUACUAUCCCUACCCCGGUUUCCCCCAUUCAUCGACAAACGCCGCAUCUACUGGAUGAAACCGGAAACUUUGACGCUUUGUUUGAGGAGAUGAUUGCUUCCAUUACGCCGAUGAGCCACGAACCUACAUUUGCACAUAACCUGGGAUUCCAUGCCGGGAACCUGGUAACAGACUUUGUUGCCGAGCUGCAACAACCAACUCACGAUUGACACUCAUCUGUAAUCCUUGAUUAUACGAAUGCAACUAGGAAAUAUCGUCUGAAAUAAUAGAUACACAACAAGCCAUCCUAGAGAUCCAGCUCCUCCGCCAGCCUCUUCCAAGCUUUAAUGCCCCGUUGUGCAUGUGUCUCCGGCACUGUCGAAUCUGGAUCGGCCAUCGACCUCGAAAACAACUCCAUUGACACCCACCCUUCAAAGCCAAGACCUUUCAAGAAUGCUUCAGCUACCUGUACUACUGGGAGAUAACCACCGCGCUCUUGCUCAUAGAGGAACAGUCUGGCAUUGCGACUCCAGCUCAUCCGCGCCGGCUGUCCUUCGACAUAAAAAGGAUGGCCCUCGAUCAACGGCCGUUGCAUUCUUUCUGCGUCGACAACCUGCACGUAAAACACCUUGUUCACAUCGACCGUCCGAACGAGGCUCUUUAAUGAUGCAGCCAAUGCCGUGUCUGCAUCUGGUGUCGUACCAGAGAUACUGGCAGGGUCGGCCCAGACCCGUCCGGCGAUGUUGAAGGUGUCCAGACAACACCCGAAAUUAGGCCGGUCCACACGUCGAACCACCUCCCACAAACUCUCCCACGUUGAAAUGAAAGUACCCCAGGCGAGAUUCUCGUAUGCAAAUCGGACGACAGGCUCCUCUUUCAGUCCCAGGUCUGCGACUUCGACCAUGUCGGAAACAAUCAAAUCCAGA